UUUUUAACAAACAUCCGCGGGUGGGGGACGAUUGUAUACGUACGUAUGGGAGAGACGAAUGUAUGUAUUUCUACUGUGACCCGCCAAGAACCAUAAAAAAUAUGUUGUCGAUCGUCCAAUGUUGAAAAAUUUCAUUUUCGUCCCAAACAACGUUGACAUUCACCUACUUCUCCGCUUAUGGCUGCGAAACAAGAAUAUCAAAUUAACUUGCGAUCUUGUGACCCCCACUAGCGAACAUAAUAAUAUAUGCAAAGUAAGAAAUGCUAACAUCGAAUCUCACUUUUCUCGAUAUCGCCAUACACGCUACGUUAAAAAAAGAACAAAAGCUACAACAUUCUUAGAUAAACAAAAAAAUUAUCGGCGUCAGUUUCCGGUCAUUGGACAAGCUUUCUAAAUCUGGACAGAGUCGUUGAAAUGCUGCGAGACAAGAUGCUUCUGUGUGCGGGAAUCGUCGGUAUUUUUGUUGUAUUUUGUCAUGGUGCGCAGCUACAGGGUGCUCCCAGAGGUCAGUUCAACCAUACCAGGAAGGGGAUAUGCAUUUUGGAAGUACCCUAAGAAUGGUUACAGAAGCUCAAUUAUGAUCAAAGAAAUUAUCGUUUCGGGCAAAGAAAGAAGUGGACUUGGG